AUGGGUUUCCGUUUGCCGGCAAUGAUCCAGGGUUCCAGGCAGCUUCUGAAACACCAUUCCGGCUUCUCUCGGAAACAAUCGGACGUGCCCAAAGGCCAUGUCGCGGUUUAUGUUGGAGAGGCGCAACGAAAACGUUUCGUGGUUCCCAUUUCGUAUUUGAACCAUCCUUCGUUCGCUGUGUUGCUGAACCGUGCCGAGGAGGAAUUCGGUUUCGAUCAUCCGAUGGGUGGCCUCACCAUUCCAUGCAAAGAAGAUGCUUUCAUCAGGCUCACGUCUAAGUUGAAUCCCGCAUGA